AUGGGGUGCAUUUUAUCAACUCGGUCGGAACGAAAACCACGUAGGAGAAGAGGGAACGCGAUUAAAGUUCAGCCGAUUGGAAAUGGUAGCGACCUGGUGAUGUGUAAAACUGACUUCACCAUAUUCCAAGUAAAGACUCUAGAAGAGAGAACAACAAACAGCGAGGCUAAUGUAAUGCCCAAGUCCAGUGCUGUUGAAGAGAAAUGUGGAAAUGAUGAAGGUCUGGUAUUAAAACUGACCGGAGUAGCCGCCAAAGGUGUGGCGUUUGAACUUUCUCAAGAGGGAAAAGCAAUUGUUGCCCCACCUCCACGUCUCCUUGAGAUCGUCGAGAAGAAGAACAAGGAGAAAGAAGAAGCAUCAGUAGAUGAUAUUAGAGAGAGACUGUUACAGGCUGAAAGACGCCGCAAACAAUUGGAGGACGAAAGAAUCGUGAAAGUCCGGAAGAUGAUCAAAACCGAAUCUCCGGAGACUGUCCAGGCUUACAUUGCCGAAAGAAAAGCCUUAGAAGAAAUCCAAACUAAGAAGAUGGAGGAUGCCGUUGCCUCCAGACAAAUGCGAUUACGCAAAAUCAGAGAUGACAUGCGAGAAAAGGACAACCAUGCAAGGUUGGAAAGGAUAUGUGAUUUUAUGUCUCUAGGUGGUAAAGAUAAAAGGUCUAAUCACCCUGCGGUUGUACAGGAUUGUGCUCUUUUGACCUAG